AUGGAGAAUAAUUUAUGUAUGAUUGUUGAGCAUAUCCGAGCUGCUGAUAAUCCACAAUCAUUUUAUCAAUGCAUUCCGCUUAGUGACCAAGAAAUUGAAAGUUAUUUUAUGGUUGACAAUAAAAUCGGAACAUGGAAAAAACAAACUUGUCCAGGAGAGCAUCAAUUUGAUUACAUUAAGCAAGGUUGCACUGAAAAAAAUAAAUUGCGUAGGCAACAACCGAACUGUCAACAAAACCCUGCUGCUAAAGGAUGUGAAAAAUCUUGCCAAGUGACAAAUAUAGCAGCAGUACCAAGAGAAUCUUGUGAUUGGUUAUCAUCUACAUUGCAACUUGAUACUGCCAACAAUGCUGUUUUCCUACAAUGCAUUCCACAGCAAACCAGGUCAUGCGGUAUAUGGACACCUAGGAAGUGUAGUGAAGGGACGACGUUUGAUGCACGAUUGCAAAUUUGCGCAUUUGAUCAUUUGAUGGGUUGUCCAAUAGGUUCAUUACCGGUUAGUCGAUGUGCUCAACAGUCAUUUACCAGUAUGUGUCCUGGAAGUUCUCGUUGUACUGAGGAAUAUCAAGUUUGUUGUCAACCAAUACCGAAUCAACAAACUGGUUAUGAACCAUCAUUACCAUUAUCUGUACCUGUCAUAAAUGAUCUUUCACUUCAAGUAUGUCCUCCUAAUAUGGGACCACCUGUAGCUGCUUGUUCACCAGCGCAAUCUUGUCCACCUAGAACGAUAUGUUACGCAAUUAGUGGUUUCUGUUGCGGUAUCAUGACAGAACCGAUACCGCUGGUGCAACCUUUACCCAUUUCGAUUAUUCAGCAACAAUUGCAAACACCGGUACCGGUGGUGCAACAAAAUUCAUUCCAAAUUGUUCAACAACAACAAAUUGUCAUUAUGUGUCCGAACGGUUUCCCUGGAACUCAACCUUGCGGUUUUAUGGAACAAUGCCCAGCGAAUAGUGGUUGUUAUCGCGGUGUAUGCUGUCCAUUGGUUUGUCCCAGUGGUCAAGAUGCCACAGGAUUCUGUAGUCAAACAGCUUCAGUAACAUUAUCCUGCUCACAACAGGCUAGUUGCAUAUCGGGAUGUUGUUGUCAACAGCCUGAGCCAAUUCGUAUGCCAAUUUGCCGAAGUGGUAUUACAGCUACUUCAAGAUGUGCUGUUGAUCAGGAGUGCGGUCCAGGAAUGGAAUGCUCUAGUGGUGGCUGUUGUCCAAUACCAUUUUGUCCUACCGGAAUGCAGGCAAUAGGUCGUUGUCCAUCAGGUAUGGGUUGUCCCAGCACAUCAAUCUGUGCCAACGGUUUGUGCUGUCCUGCGCCACGCUGUUCCUCAGGUGUUAUCGCCCUACGGAUCUGUGUAUCCAAUGCCGAAUGCAGAAAUGGUUUCGAAUGCGCUAACGGCGGUUGCUGUCCACAUCCUCUUUGUCCCAAUAAUCAGAUUGGAUCACAACGAUGUCUAACCGGUGGAUGUUGUUGUCCGGCAGGUCAGCAGUGUGUCAAUGGUGUAUGCUGUCCGUUGCCGGCUUGUUCAAACGGAAUUCUAUCAGCGACAAUGUGUGGAGUUGGAAACAUUUGUCCCGAAGGUAUGGAAUGUGACAAUGGUGGUUGCUGCCCAUUGCCAAUGUGUCUAUCCGGUGCUCAAUCUUCCGGACGAUGCCAGGGAAAUUCUUGUUCCACUGGGCAGAUAUGCGAGAAUGGAAUAUGCUGUCCAUUACCUGUAUGCUCUAAUGGACAGGUUGCUAUUCAACUAUGCGCUAAUGGUAACAAUUGCCCGAUAGGUUAUAUAUGCGAAGGACGUGGAUGCUGUUUGGAACCGUUACCGCUCUGCCCGAGUGGUGCUCGUGCAUAUCAACGAUGCAAUCGCGGUAUUGACUGUCCACCUGGAUUUGGUUGCACUGCAGCGGGAGCAUGCUGUCUGUUAUCGUUGGAACCGGUAUGUCCAUCAAAUCAAAAUGCAAUUUGUCAAUGUGCAUCAACCAAUAACUGUCCACCACAAACUUCAUGCACUAUGGGUACAUGUUGCACCUCAGCAUCAGUGAAAAUGUAUGAUCAUAUCCCGGGAACUUCUUGUCAAACAUCACCACAGUGUAAUGGUUUUAAUAAUGGUGGCGCGCAAUGCAUGCAAUCAAUUUGUGCAUGCAUUAAUGGUGCCGCAUCCAAUGGCGCAACUUGCCAACAAUUCAACCCCGCUGUCUUGCUACAAGCUCGAUCAGGUUGCGAUCAGUAUGGUUCACCCUGCAAAUUCGUAUUUAGCACUGCUCGAAGAAAGCCUUUAUUCACUCCAGUUAGUAACAUCACUGAAGAACCAUUGUGGUAUGCAGUGGUGACAUCACGACGUUGUUUAUGGAAUGGAUCGAUCAUCAAUUUUGAUCCGGAUAGCACUUGUCUUCCCAAUGAGAAAUGCAUAAGAGGAGAAUGCCGCAUGAAAUUGUGGCCAGGUGAAUAUGGUUGUACAAGUGAUGAGGAAUGUUCGGCAAGAUGUAGAAACACUUACUGCUCAAAAAAUAGUGAUAAAGGGAUAUCACAGUGCCAGUGUUCUUAUGGCAAAUUACUUUAUGGACGAUGCUUUGAUCAUUGCCCAACAGGUUUCCAUGCAAAUGGAACAUACUGCGAGCAUGAUGAUGAGGAUCAUUUUUGGAUGAAUGCAAACGAGCAGAAUUCUCUUCGAGAACUUCUUAAUUCAGGAACUUGUUAG